UAAUAAGUGUGAAGAUCUGUUGGAAAAUUGGCUUUCUGCUCCACAGGGAAGAUUGAAUCACAAGAGAGAGAAUGGGAGAGCAAUAUAAUAAGUGAUAUGUAAUAACACUUCAGUCUGUUGUACAUAGCAGAGCAUCUUAUUUAUUUGUCUCACGGACUCAUUUCCUGAAGCAAGAGGCACUUGGAGACAGCGUCCCUCUCCAAGGACCAGCUUUCACUGCCAGCCUCGUGCAGGAGGCUUAAGGGGCAGCUGAAAGCAUCGCACUGCCCCGCGGCAGCAUCGGCGGCACUCGGCUCCCUGUGAACACACAGCUGUAUUAAACCCUUUCUCCCUGUGUUUCUUGCAGGUAAACUAUGACCACUUUACUAUUAGUGUUUGUGUGUUUGCGAGUCAUCACCGCAGCCUCUGUGGAACUCUCAGACAGUAGUGAUGGCCUGGAAGUGAAGAUACCUGAGCAGUCUCCCCUGCGUGUUGUCCUGGGAAGCUCCCUGAACAUCCCCUGUUACUUCAACAUCCCAGAGGAACAGGACACCAGUGCUCUGCUGACCCCACGGAUCAAAUGGAGCAAACUCUCAAAUGGGACCGAAGUUGUCUUGCUAGUGGCCACCGGUGGGAAAAUCCGGCUCAACACUGAGUACAGGGAGGUGAUCUCUUUGCCCAACUACCCCGCCAUCCCCACUGAUGCCACCUUGGAAAUCAAGGCACUGAGAUCCAACCACACUGGGAUUUAUCGCUGUGAAGUGAUGUACGGGAUUGAGGACAGACAAGACACAAUAGAGGUCCUAGUGAAAGGCAUCGUGUUCCACUACAGAGCAAUCUCCACAAGGUACACCUUGAACUUUGAGAAAGCAAAGCAGGCCUGUAUCCAGAACAGCGCUGUCAUUGCUACUCCUGAGCAGCUGCAGGCUGCCUACGAGGAUGGGUACGAGCAGUGUGAUGCUGGCUGGCUGGCGGACCAGACUGUCAGGUACCCCAUCCACUGGCCCCGGGAACGCUGCUACGGCGACAAGGAUGAAUUUCCAGGAGUGAGGACCUACGGUGUCCGUGAGCCAGAUGAAACCUAUGAUGUUUACUGCUAUGCAGAGCAAAUGCAAGGUAAAGUCUUCUAUGCCACCGCCCCUGAGAAGUUCACCUUCCAAGAAGCUUUUGACAAAUGCCGCAGUUUGGGAGCCCGUUUGGCCACCACAGGAGAGCUGUACUUGGCCUGGAAGGACGGCAUGGACAUGUGCAGCGCAGGCUGGCUGGCCGAUCGCAGCGUCCGCUACCCCAUUUCCAGGGCACGGCCCAACUGCGGAGGAAACCUGGUGGGCGUGCGGACAGUGUACCUGUACAUCAACCAAACGGGGUACCCUCACCCCGACUCUCGCUACGAUGCCAUCUGCUAUAGCGGGGACGACGUCGAGACCCUGGUCCCAGGGCAGUUCAUCGAUGAGACGGGAAGCGAGCUGGGCAGCGCCUUCACCAUCCAGACCGUCACCCAGACUGAAGUGGAGCUACCUCUGCCACGCAACGCCACGGAGGAGGAGGCCCGCGGCAGCAUUGCCACCCUGGAGCCCAUCGAGAUCACGCCCGCCGCCACCGAGCUGUAUGAGGGCUUCACCGUCCUGCCCGAUCUCUUCGCCACCGGUGUCACAGUAGAGACAGCUGCCCCGGAGGAGGAGAACGUGACCAGGGGGGAUGUCACAGGGGUGUGGGCUGUACCUGAAGAGGUCACCACCAUAGCCUUAGGCACUGCCAUCACCACUGAAAUGGCAGAGGUGAGCACGGUGGAACCGGCCGUGGUGAUGACUGCCACACCAGGAUUAGAGUCUGCCUCAGCAUUCACAGUGGAAGAUCAGCUCGUGCAAGUGACAGCGGCCCCCGGUGUUGGUCUUCUCCCCGAGCAGCCCAUCUCCCCCAUGGGUGUGGUGUUUCACUACCGCGCCGCCAGCAGCAGAUACGCCUUCUCCUUCGUCCAAGCCCAGCAGGCCUGCCUGGAGAACAACGCGGUUAUUGCCACCCCCGAACAGCUCCAGGCUGCCUACGAGGCUGGCUUUGACCAGUGUGAUGCUGGCUGGCUGCGGGACCAGACAGUCAGGUAUCCCAUUGUGAAUCCCCGAAGUAACUGCAUAGGAGACAAAGAGAGCUCUCCAGGUGUGCGGUCAUACGGCAUGCGCCCGGCCUCAGAGACCUAUGAUGUGUACUGCUACAUCGACAGGCUCAAGGGUGAGGUGUUCUUCGCAACCCAGCCAGAGCAGUUUACCUUCCCAGAAGCUCAGCGGUACUGUGAGAGCCAAAACGCCACACUGGCCUCUGUUGGCCAGCUCCAUGCUGCCUGGAAGCAGGGCCUGGACAGAUGCUACGCUGGCUGGUUAGCCGAUGGCAGUCUCCGUUAUCCCAUCGUGAGCCCCCGUCCUGCCUGUGGGGGGGAUGCACCUGGAGUGAGAACCGUCUACCAGCACCACAACCAGACGGGCUUUCCCGACCCGCUGUCCCGACAUCAUGCCUUCUGCUUCAGAGCUCUGCCACCUGUGGAGGAGGAGGGGGUCACCUCGUUGUUUGACGAAGAUGUGCUGGCAACCCAAGUGAUCCCUGGAGUGGAGGGGGUACCCUCCGGGGAGGAGGCAACCGUGGAGACGGAGUUUGCCACUCAACCUGAGAAUCAGACAGCCUGGGGGACAGAGGUCUUUCCAACUGACGUGUCGCUGCUCUCAGUGACUCCAUCUGUUUUUCCUCCAGCUACCGUAAUACCAGAGGAAACAAGUACCAAUGCUUCCAUCAGCGAAGUGUCAGAGGCUGUGACUGAGUCUGGAGAACAUCAAGUCAGUGGUGAAUCCUCAGCUUCCGGGUGGAUAUCUGGAGUCCCGGAUACAAGUGGAGAACCAACUUCUGGAGUUUUUGAACUUAGUGGAGAACACUCAGGGAUCGGGGAAAGUGGAUUACCAUCAGUAGACCUGCAUACCAGUGGCUUUCUACCUGGUGAAAGUGGGCUACCCUCAGGGGACCUGAGUGGGGUGCCUUCUGGCAUUGUCGACAUCAGUGGCUUACCUUCUGCAGAGGAAGAUGUAUCCGUGUCUACUUCAAGGAUACCAGAAAUCAGUGGGAUGCCAUCUGGGGUGGAAAGCAGUGGGCUGCCUUCUGGAUUUAGCGGAGAAAUCUCUGGCACUGAGCUAGUCAGUGGCGUGUCGUCUGGAGAGGAAAGUGGACUCACUUCUGGUUUUCCUACCGUCUCUCUUGUGGAUACCACAUUGGUGGAAGUUAUCACAACAGCACCAGAACGGCAAGAGGAGGGAAAAGGAUCGAUCGGAGUCAGCGGUGAAGAAGAGCUGUCGGGAUUCCCGUCCACUGAAUGGGACACCAGUGGUGGAGCCCAAGGGUUGCCCUCAGGAACUGAUCUCAGCGGGGAGCCCUCUGGAGGUCCUGAGAUCAGUGGGGAGCCUUCUGGGGUGCCUGAGCUCAGCGGGGAGCCCUCCGGAGGGCCUGAGCUCAGUGGGGAGCCUUCUGGGGUGCCCGAGCUCAGCGGGGAGCCCUCUGGAGUGCCUGAGCUCAGCGGGGAGUCUUCUGGGGUGCCCGAGCUCAGUGGGGAGCCCUCUGGAGGGCCUGAGCUCAGUGGAGAGCCUUCUGGGGUGCCUGAUCUCAGCGGGGAGCCCUCUGGAGGGUCUGAGCUCAGCAGGGAGCCUUCUGGGUUGCCCGAGCUCAGCGGGGAGCCCUCCGGAGGGUCUGAGCUCAGUGGGUUGCCCUCAGGACUGGAUGUCAGUGGAGAACCAUCUGAAACCCAUGAGGUCAGUGGCCUGGGGGACCUAAGUGGCCUUGCGUCUGGUAUCGAUGGAAGCAGUGAGUCCUCGGGCAUUACCUUUGUAGAUGCCAAUUUGGAGGAAGUGACAACGCCCUCAAUUACAGGAGCAGAAGCAAAAGAGAUUUUAGAAAUCAGUGGAUUGCCUUCAGGAGGUGAAGAAUCAUCAGGCAUGGUAUCUGGGAGUUUAGACAUCAGUGGUGAGCCUUCUGGGCAUGUAGACUUUGGUGGGAGCGUUUCUGGAGUACUCGAGACGAGCGGACACCCGAGUGGAGUGAUUGACAGCAGUGGUGAAGUCUCUGGAGUUGAUGUCACCAGUGGCCUACUGUCUGGAGAGGAAAGUGGACUCACCUCUGGCUUUCCCACCGUCUCUCUGGUGGAUACCACUUUGGUAGAAGUUGUAACACAGACGUCAGUUGCACAAGAGGUGGGAGAAGGGCCAUCCGGGAUGAUAGAAAUCAGUGGAUUUCCUUCUGGAGACAGAGGACUAUCUGGAGAAGGGUCUGGAGCUGUGGAGACUAGUGGGUUUCCUUCAGGGACAGGAGACUUCAGUGGAGAACCAUCCGGGAUCCCAUACAUCAGUGGAGACAUUUCUGGAGCCACAGAUCUAAGCGGACUAUCUUCAGCAGCGACUGAUAUUAGUGGGGAGGCCUCAGGGCUUCCAGAAGUCACUUUAGUCACUUCUGAUUUAGUAGAAGUUGUGACAAGACCAACAGUAUCACAGGAACUGGGUGGGGAAACAGCUGUCACAUUUCCCUACGGUUUUGGGCCAAGUGGUGAGGCCUCUUCAUCUGGUGAAUCAAGUGGGGAAACAUCUACAUUGCCAGAAAGUGGUAUAGAAACAUCAACAGCUUAUGAAAUCAGUGGUGAAACAUCAACAGCUUAUGAAAUCAGUGGUGAAACAUCUGCAUUUCCUGAAACCAGCAUAGAAACAUCCACAGUUCACGAAAUCAGUGGGGAGACAUCUGCAUUCCCUGAAAGUAGUGUAGAAACAUCCACAAUUCAUGAAAUCAGUGGGGAGACAUCUGCAUUCCCUGAAAGUAGUGUAGAAACAUCCACAUUUCAUGAAAUCAGCGGGGAGACAUCUGCGUUUCCCGAGUUUAGCAUAGAAACAUCAACAAUUCAAGAAAUCAGUGGAGAAACAUCUGCAUUUCCUGAAAUUAGAAUAGAAACAUCCACAAGUCAAGAAGCCAGGGGUGAACCAUCUGGCUAUCCUGAAAUUAGCACAGAAACAUCCACAGUUCAAGAAGUAAGUGGGGAAACCUCUGCGUUUCCUGAAAGUAGUACAGAAACAUCCACAAUACAAGAAGCCAGUGGCGAAACAUCUGCAUUUCCUGAAAUUAGAAUAGAAACAUCCACCAUUCAAGAAAUCAGUGGGGAAACCUCUGCAUUCCCUGAAAUUAGAAUAGAAACAUUCACAAGUCAGGAGGCCAGGGGCGAAACAUCUGGCUAUCCUGAAAUCAGCAUAGAAACAUCCACAGUCCACGAAAUCAGUGGUGAAACAUCUGCCUUUCCUGAAAUUAGCAUAGAAACUUCCACAGUCCAUGAAAUCAGUGGAGAAACAUCUGCCUUUCCUGAAAUUAGCAUAGAAACUUCCACAGUCCAUGAAAUUAGUGGGGAAAGUUCUGCAUUUCCUGAAAUUAGAAUAGAAACAUCCACAAGUCAAGAAGCACGGGGUGAAACAUCUGGCUAUCCUGAAAUCAGCAUAGAAACAUCCACAAUCCAGGAAACCAGUGGGGAAGAAUCUGCAUUUCCUGAAAUCAGCAUAGAAACAUCCACAGUCCACGAAAUCAGUGGGGAAACAUCUGCCUUUCCCGAAAUUAGCAUAGAAACUUCAACAGCCCAUGAAAUCAAUGGGGAAACAUCUGCAUUUCCCGAAAUCAGCAUAGAAUCUUCAACAGUCCAUGAAAUCAGUGGGGAAACAUCUGCCUUUCCUGAAAUUAGAAUAGAAACAUCCACGAGUCAAGAAGCCCGAGGUGAAACAUCUGUCGUUCCAGAGAUUAGCAUAGAAACUUCGACAGUCCACGAAAUCAGUGGGGAAACAUCUGCAUUCCCUGGGAUUAGCAUAGAAACACCAACAAGUCAAGAAGCCAGGGGUGAAACAUCUGCCUAUCCCGAGAUUAGCAUAGAAACAUCCACCAUUCAAGAAUUAAGUGGGGAAACCUCUGCGUUUCCUGAAAUUAGAAUAGAAACAUCCACAAGUCAAGAAGCCCAGGGUGAAACAUCUGCAUUUCCUAAGAUUAGCCUAGAAACAUCCACAGUCCACGACACCAGUGGAGAAGCAUCCGCAUUGCCUGCUGCUAACAUCGAAACAGCUGCCACAUCUUUGGCCAGUGGUGAGCCCUCUGGUGCUCCCGAGGAGAAGGAAAUUCCUGACACAACAUCUGGAGCUGUGACACACUCCAUCACAGGCAUUUCAGGGGAAACCUCUGCCCUAGACGUUGUAAUUAGUACCAGUACUCCAGAUGUUGAACCAACACAAGGACCCAGGAACACUGAAGAGGCUCAGCUUGAAAUAGAGCCCUCCCCUCCCGCGGUGUCAGGACAAGAGACGGAGACGGCUGUUCUAGACAAUCCCCAUCUGCUGGCCACCGCUACAGCUGCCCUGCCUCAAGUCUCAAAAGAAGCAAUAGAUGCAUUAGGACCCACUACAGAAGACCUGGAAAACUGUGAGGAAGGCUGGACCAAGUUCCAGGGCCACUGCUACAGGCACUUUGAAGAGAGGGAGACUUGGAUGGAUGCAGAGACCAGAUGCCGACAACAUCAAGCCCACCUGAGCAGUAUCAUCACCCCAGAGGAGCAAGAAUUUGUGAACAGCCACGCACAGGACUACCAGUGGAUCGGGCUCAGUGACAGAGCCGUGGAGAACGACUUCCGUUGGUCCGACGGGCACUCCCUGCAAUUUGAGAACUGGCGGCCCAACCAACCCGAUAACUUCUUCUCAGCGGGUGAGGACUGCGUUGUGAUGAUCUGGCACGAGCAAGGCGAAUGGAAUGACGUUCCCUGCAACUAUCACCUCCCUUUCACCUGCAAGAAAGGAACAGUGGCCUGCGGGGACCCCCCCGUGGUGGAGAACGCCAGGACCUUUGGUCGGAAGAAGGACCGCUAUGAAAUAAACUCCAUGGUGCGGUACCAGUGCAACCAAGGCUACAUCCAGCGCCACGUGCCCACGAUUCGGUGCCAGCCCAACGGGCAGUGGGAGGAGCCACGGAUAUCUUGCAUAAACCCCUCCAACUACCAGCGCAGGCUAUACAAGAGGAGCCCCAGGAGCCGGUCGAGACCCAGCGGCAGAGCCGUGCACAGACCCACCCAUUAGAGCGGGGCCAGAGAGACCGAGGGGGAAAGCGAAAGAGAGAUUUUUAACAGAACAGUUAUAUUAACAGAGUCGAUUUCUUCUUCUUCUUGUUGCUUUUUUGUCAUAUAAGGAAAAAAAAAAUAUAUUAAAGA